AUGGCAGACCAACUGCGGUCAAAGAUCAUCAAGGAUAACCCUAUUGGGAAGGGCCUUGCUGCCUUCCGCGCUUUUGGAAGAGCUCUCUUCAGCGAACUAUCGAGGCUUAAUACAGCGAUUACUUCCGACGACUUCGACCUCGACCGCAUCAGACCUCUCCUGAAGUCAGCCAUCACCGGCGAUCCCGACGACGUCUGGGGCCAAGUCUACAAGGCCGUCACCAAAUCCACCCCACCUCCACGAGCGAUCGCCUCUUCCGUCCAACAAACCCCAUGGCUGCACAACACGAGCGGCUUCGCGAACUCCUCCGAGUACCGCAAGGAUGUGGACAGAAUCCUCAGGGAUAAACUCGGCGCUAUGUACGUCGGGCUUCCACGAUUCCACGAGGCUUUUUUUGGACGGUGCAUGGAAGGCAGCGAACCACUCUCCAAUAAUGGUUGGAGUGAUGGCCGACAGAUGCAAAUCAGGACGAUUACAAUUCGACCCCGACAUCGACGAAGGCCACUAGCACAACCCAACAAGCCGAUCCAGGGUUCCACGGCAGAACGCAAGUUGGACGUCGGCUUCGUGGACGACCCCAAGGCUGGAAAAGACUCUCGAUGUCACUGGUCGCAUAUCCUUGUACCGGGCGAGUUGAAGAGCAAUCCGUCGGCCGACAAAGCGUCAAAGGCAUGGCUUAAUAUUGGGACGUACGCGAGAGAAGUGCUUGCUGCUCAAGACACCCGUUGCUUCGUCUUGGGCUUUACCAUCUGUGGAUCUCUCAUGAGGAUAUGGGAGUUUGACCGGCUCGGGGGGAACGCAUCCGAACAAUUCGACAUCAACAAAGAUGGGCUGCAGUUUGUGUCCACAGUCCUCGGGUUUCUCUGGAUGAGCGAGGAGGAGCUUGGCUUCGAUCCGACAAUCAUGACGGCGAAUGACGAGCGAUUCAUCGAGAUCGAGCGAGAUGGUUCAACAGAGCGACUCAUUAUUGACGAGGUGAUGCAACGCGCACCUUUGGUAGCUGGACACCCAAGGAAACCUCUUGUCAUCAAAGAUUCGUGGCAAUAUCUAGAACGCGAUGAGGAGGGCAAAUUAUUAUGCGAAGCGACUGGUAAAGGUGUUGUCAACGUGGCCCGAUACUAUCACCACGAGACUGUUCAGAUACGCGGUACGGAGGACGAUAUUCGAAACAAUGUUCGAAGGGGACUGGAUGUCACGACGGCCGCGAACUACCGGCCAGAACGCUCGAUGCCGCCGCUGAGUACGAUCGCGGCCGGUGUUUCACGGAAAGGCCGAAGCAGCAGCGCCACUGGCAGGAAGCGAUCUUUGGGCCAAACUGGCGCCGCCCUGCCCCCCAGCAAGCGAUCCUGUUCGACAUCUCCAACGAAGGCCGGCAACCAUGCACUACCCAAUCGAGUGCAUAGACGUGUCAUUCUUUGCGACUACGGAAAGCCCAUCUACAAGGCGAGCUCACGGAAGGCUCUUCUUGCCGCGCUGGAGGGUUGCAUUGAAGGACACGAAUCCUUACGCAAGGCCGGCUUCCUCCACAGAGACAUCUCGAUCAACAAUCUCAUGAUCAAUGAGGAUGACAACAGCCCUUCUUGGCAUUCGUUCUUGAUCGACCUCGACCUCGCCAUCCGAGAGCAACGAGAGGGUAUCUCGGGAGCAAGGGGAAAGACUGGCACGAGGGCGUUCAUGGCAAUCGGGGCCCUCCUUGUCAUUCUUCUGGGUCUCUUCUGGAUAUGCAUUCACUACAACGGGCCGAACGAAAGCAGAGUCGUUCCACGGUUUGAGAAGUGGAAUUAUGUGGACACGGAAGAGCUGGCGAGUUCUAAGAAGGGUGUGAUUGACGAGGAAGGCGAUUUUCUCAAGAUCAUGGAGGAGCACUUCAGGUCGUCGUGUCAGACACUGACGUCAUGGGUCAAUAGAUUGCGGAGGAAGGUAUUCCCGAAUGGUGAGCGAUGGAAGAAGCCAAAUCCACAGCUCUAUUCCUCGAUGAAGGAGAUCCUUCGCGAGGCCCGAGAGGAUCCGGAGGUCUUUGCGGACAGGUAG